AUGACUACCACAAAACCUGAGACCACCUCAUCAAGGGAUGAAGGGCGUAUUAUUUUGACGACAUACCCUGGUCAGAGCGUCGUGGACCCAGUACCCCUGGAAUGGGGUAAAGCAGAUCCUCAAGAACGAGGGCCGAUUCUCGUUUCCCGCAACUCAGAAACUAUCAAACGACGAAACGCCAUCGGUGCCCACGGCGGUAGCUACUCCAUCUACAAUGCCCUCGCAAUUGCAGCGGGUGACCUUCCUCCCAAUUUCAAACCUAGUUUUGAAAACACCCAGCCUAUCUUUGACUUCCCCUUCCAGCCCGCCUGGGGCGACAAGAAGAAGAUCGUUGCAAUGGACCCCUUCGGCCACGACGUUGUGCGACAUUUUCACAAAUAUCUCGAUGCAGGCCUAGAUGUCAGACCUACAAUCGCCGUCACAAGGGCUACUAUGCGCUUGGCUGAGAUCACCGAGGCUAUUAAAGAGGGCCGGCUCCAAGUUGACGGUGAAGUCGUAAUUAGCCGUGAAGGUGACGUCCGCGUUACGAAGGCUGCUGUCGAGCCCGUAUGGUACCUACCAGGUGUGGCUGAGCGAUUCGGCAUCGACGAGGGUGUUCUCCGCCGGACGCUCUUUGAGCAAUGCGGUGGAAGUUUCCCGGAACUUAUCACGCGGCCUGAUAUUAAAGUGUUCCUUCCUCCUAUUGGAGGCCUGACAGUUUAUAUCUUUGGUCCACCGGAAAAGAUUUCCGACGACAAAGUUAAGCUUGCUCUACGUGUUCAUGAUGAAUGCAACGGUUCAGAUGUUUUCCAGUCUGAUAUCUGUACUUGUCGCCCAUACCUGGCUUUUGGUAUUGAAGAAGCUAUCAAGGAAGCCCAGAAUGGCGGAUCUGGAGUCGUAAUCUACUUCCGCAAGGAGGGUCGUGCUCUAGGUGAAGUGGUUAAAUAUUUGGUAUAUAAUGCUCGCAAGAGAGGAGGUGACACUGCUGAUAAGUACUUCACUCGUACCGAGAAUAUUGCUGGAGUGAGAGAUAUGCGUUUCCAGGCUCUCAUGCCGGAUGUCCUUCAAUGGCUCGGUAUUAAGAAGAUUGACCGCAUGCUUUCCAUGUCCAACAUGAAGCACGACGCAAUCGUAGAGCAGGGAAUUCCAAUUUUGGAGCGAAUUCCUAUUCCUGACCAUAUGAUUCCUGAAGAUUCUCGUGUGGAGAUUGAUGCCAAAAUCAACGCAGGAUACUUUACUACUGGAAAGAAAUACACCGACGAGGAACUGGCCAAGGUGAAAGGUCGCGGAUGGCAAAACUGGGAGGAUGUCGAACACUAA